CAAUUCUUCCGCUCGAGGUACACCGCCGUUUCUUUCCAGUUCGCAUUCACGAUACCUGCAUAUAACCUAGGAAACCCACAGAAAAAGACCGAUCCCCUGUCUAUACGACAAACACCGAAAGAUCUUCAAUUUCCGAAAGGAACCGGUCAUUGUCGGAGGAACAAUCCAAAAAGAAAAAUCUCGACACAGAAUCUCCAAACACCCCCAGCCCAUACGCCCAGAAAAAAAAACAUCAACACCAACAACACGUCCAACAACCAAAAACAAUAGUCACAGAGAGAAGGACAAGAAGAAGAGUAAGAAAAAAAAAAUGGCAACAUCAUCAUGGCCACAACCACCGCGAAUCCCCACCCCGCAAAAAUCCCAAAUCCAAACCUCAACCCCCUACGCCUGGCCGCACGACGCCUCCCUCUCCCCCAGCACAACCGCACUCAUAAUAAUCGACAUGCAACGCGACUUCCUCUCGCCAACCGGCUACCUCUCCCUCCAAAACCUACCCCUAACGCGGUUUUCUUCCCUGAUCCCCGUGCUGGUCUCGCUCCUGUCGACGUUCCGCCGCGCAGGGUUUCCAAUCUACCACACGCGCGAGGGCCACGCGGCGCAUCUGGGUACGCUGACAUCGCGCGAGCGCCAUCGGAGCCGGGUGAAUGGCGCCGAAGUGGGGAGUAGAGGGCCGCUGGGGAGGUUGUUGGUGAGGGGGGAGAGGGGUCAUGAUAUUGUGAGCGAGUUGACGCCGUUGCCGUUGGAGGCGGUUAUUGAUAAGCCUGGGCGGGGCGCGUUUACGCAUACCGAGUUGGAUGCUAUGUUGAGGGCCAAGGGAGUGAGGAAUUUGGUGGUUUGUGGGGUGACGGCGGAUGCGUGUGUGAGUAGUACGGUGAGAGAGGCGAGUGAUCGCGGCUACGAUGUGUUGGUAGUCGAGGAUGGGGUGGAGAGUGUGAGCGAGGAGUUGAAGAUUUGGAGCUUAGAGUCGAUCAAGGUGGAAGGGGGGUUGUUUGGGGUGACGGCGAAUAGCAAAGACGUGAAGGAGGCGGUGGAGAUGUGGAUGGGGAAUAGAAAUGGGCAAUGA